UGUCGUAAAACGGACGUGGCAGUUUCGUACGGGACCCGUCGCGCAGUGCUGUGCUUGGUGAGUGCAGAUGAAAUAAACUGGAGCCGUUUUCUACCCGCACACAGGAGCAACAUUACCACAGACAACGCAUCCGUCGCGUGCCGUGGAUGAGUGGGUGUGCGCUGAAUGAAAAGGAGUUCUUUUCCUGCUGUCAGCUCCUCCUGCAGCAGUCUGAGCAUCUGAGAGAUGGCUGGAGCUGGGAGGCAGUCCAGGGUUCAGAAGAGGGCUACCUCAGGAAGACUGUUCUCAGGUCAGUCGUAGCUGACUGCUGUGAUGCACAGAAACAGAAGGAAGCUGCUUCAGUUUCCCCUAUUUUCGCUCACCCCAUCCAAGAACUGCAGCAGCAGGAAAGGACGCAGCCUGUUGUUGCUACCCGUUUUCAUUCUGAUGGCAUCACAGGCGACGGCGGUGAUGAGGACGAUGCAGUCUGCGUGCUGUCUGAAGGCAGCAGCCACGUGCUUCAGUACGAGUAUCACAUCCUGUACUCUUGCAGCUACAGCGCUCCUGUGCUGUAUUUCAGAGCUUUCACCCUGGAGGGUCGGAGUCUGAUGUUAGAGGACGUGUGGAGCUCUGUUCAUCCAAACUUCAGACACUGCCUUCAGAACAGUCCUUUGACUGCAAUCACUCAACAGGAGCAUCCUCUGCUGGGUCAGCCUUUCUUUAUGCUCCACCCCUGUAGAACGGAGGAGUUCAUGAGGCCUGUGCUGCAGGAGGCUCAGGAACAGCCCAGGCCAGUGAACUAUGUGUUGUUGUGGCUCAGUGUGGUGGGUCCUGUGGUGGGUCUGGACGUCCCUCUGAAGUACUGCACCCAGCUCCAUCCGUCCUCUCCCAGCAGCAGUGAGCCUGACUAGAGCUACAGCGCUCUGCUUCAGAUUUGAUGAGCAGCACCGUGGAGACGGGAGGCGGCUCUGUGCGACAUUUUGCAAGGAAGACUUGCAAAUGAGUGACAUCUCCCCCGUCCGGGGAGAGUUUGGACCAGUGUUAGAUAACGCUCUCCACUUUCAUCAUCAAAACAUGGAAUAUCUUACAGAAGAAUCGCGGCCCAUCUCUCCACUACAGAUCCAUAGACAUGGAGAAUCAGUGGCACAUGGCGGCUUGAACUCGUAGUGAGAUGCUCUUUUUCCUUUAAUUUGACCACUGUCAAAAUCAGCGUUUUGAUUAGAUACCAACUCCGUGCUUUGGAGAGAUGCCCUGUGCUAUUAAUACAUUUAAUAUUUGUGUUGAUGUAAUGUAUACAAUACAUAUUGUGCUAGAAUUUAGACUCAACUGUGCAAAAUGUAAUAAAAAUAUAAUCCUGG